AUGAAUUCAAAACACUUCCGAUUUCUAAGGUUGCUGGUCGCAAAUGAACUUUCAAAUCGCAUUUUCGCCGUUUUAUUGGCAGUUGUUUUCGUUCUAGCAGGCCUUUGGGUUACUUUAUUACCACCCGCGGUACGUCGUAUUACAAUCAAAAUCGAUAACUUGCCAGAAGUGCAAAAAGGCUUUACCGUUGCUCUUUUAUCUGAUCUCCAUAUUGGACCAACUGUUGGAUGUUCAAAAAUUCAGAAGAUGGUGAAUACUAUAAAUCUCUUCAAGCCGGACGUGAUAGCUAUAUCUGGCGACCUUGCCGAUGGUCUUGUCCCAGAUUUAGAAAAAGCUGCUUACCCUCUAAUGAAUCUAACUUCAAAAUAUGGCAUAUAUUUUGCUACAGGCAACCAUGAAUAUCUUCAUGGAAAUGUUGAUGAAUGGUUCGUAUUUUUAAAGAAAAUCAAAAUCAUACCUCUUCAUAACAAAAAUAAGAAGAUUUUGGUUGGAAACUCUAGAAUUUGCAUUGCUGGAAGCGAUGAUUUGUUUGCAGAACAGUCGAGAUUUUCUGGGCAUGUAAUGGAUUACAAAAAAGCGUUACGAGGAUGCAACAAAAAUGACACAACUAUUAUGCUUAUUCACCAACCUAAUGCUGUUCGCAUAAUACUGAAUGAUGUUGAAACUGCUAAGAACAUUGAUCUUAUUCUGUCAGGUCAUACACAUGGUGGACAAAUGUAUGUAUUCGUACCACUGGUGUAUUUUUGGAAUGCUUAUUUUCGCGGUCUUUAUUAUAAUAAAGCUACAGGAACAUAUGUUUAUGUUUCAGCAGGUGUCAAUUAUUUUGGUCCACCAGUCAAAAUUUUUGAUGGGAAUGAAAUAAUUAUCAUCAAGUUAGUAUAG